AUUAGGAUCCCGUGUGCGGACCAAAGCGCAGAUAGUCACUGAGCUGGGAGUUUUCAUUUACCUUCUAGAGUCUGGAAGACCACGGCCACGCUCUUGCAGAUCAAUCACGGGCUUAGCUUUCGGACGCACUCCACCCUCCCUGGCGCACAUGUAAAGCCGUAGAGAUGGCGGUAUCAACGCCUGAAGCGGCGUUACUGCGAGAUCUAGGCUUAGGCAGAGGUGAAAUCGCGUACCACGGUAUUUUCACCGUCGAGGAUCAGAUUGGCCGCGGUUCGGACGCUGAUGUGUAUCGAGUAGUAUGGCAAGGCAUACCGGUAGCCGCAAAGGUGUUUCACCCCAGACAUGAUCAAGCAGAUGUGGAGGGGAGAGAUAAGAACCUGCGGCGAUUUGGCGCUGAGAUAGCAAGACUGUCUAAGCUGCACCACCCAAACUUGUGUCAAGUUCUCGGUGUUGCAGUCACUGCCGAUCGUCAUCUUCCAGUGUUAGUGGUUGAGCUAUUCGAUCAUACACUUUGUGAAUGCAGUGUCGGUGCAGAUCGGUUUGACCAUGUCGCCCUGCUAUCGUUCCUGGCGGAUGCUGUGGCGGGUGUUCGCUAUCUCCAUAGCAGAGAUCCCCCUGUCAUUCAUCGUGACCUGACUUUGCGCAAUGUGUUGAUCAAGGGCCAGAUCGCAAAGCUCUGUGACUUUGGUUGUGCGCGACUGCGACCAACAAGUCCUGCGGAUUUGGUUGGCUUUCUUCCAGAUCUAACGGCAUGCCCAGGCAACGUGCUGUACAUGGCGCCGGAGGCUCUGCAAAACCCUCCGGUGUACGACGAAUCGCUCGACAUAUUUUCGUUUGGCGUGCUGGCCACGAGCGUCGUGACAGGAGUUGAACCGUCGACAGACCUGCACACCUCACCAAGGACCAUCAUCAGACAAGUGGAGCGAGCAGACGGAACGCGUGAGGAGACCGUCACGGCUAUCACCGAAGUCGAGCGGCGCGGCGUUGAUUUGGAAAGAAUACCAGACGGCCAUCCACUCAAGCCUGCAAUCUUUCGCUGCCUGGCAGUCGUUGCGGAAGAUCGUCCCAAGGCUGAGGAGCUGCAUGAUAUAGUGCUGGACACUGUGAAGGUGGCACGUGGUUUUUCUCCGCUGCAGGUAAGGCCUACCACUGCGCCAGAAGGCCUGUCUAGUUCUGCUUCUGCCACUGCCUCUGCUACAACAGCUAUGGUACCUGUUUCUAGUCCCAUUGCUGCGCAAGACCGCCAGUCAAGUUCAGCUUCAGCCACUGCCCCUGCCGUGACUGGCUCUCCUACAGUAACUAGACCGCAGGUUACGCCUUCCACUGCGCCAGAAAGCCUGUCAAGUUCUGCAUCUGCCACCGCCUCUGCUGCAACAGCUACGGUACCUGUUUCUAGUCCCAUUGCUGCACAAGACAGCCGGGCAAGUUCAGCUUCUGCCUCUGCUCCUGCCACUGCUUCUGCUACUGCAACGAGAGCUGAAGCUACAGCAGCUGCAAGCACAGCUGUUUCAUCCGUUGGUAGAGGAUAUCAUGUCUUACCUGCUAUGCCAACCCCAACACAGAUUGCGAACAUCAAGAAGCGCAGAAAGUGGAACAAGGUAGUAGGAGGUCCUGGAAAGAGUUUUUUUAAAUUUUGGAAUACUUCACGUCCGGAAGUACCACCGCAUGGCAAACAUGCCAUGCUUGCCACGUACAGUGACAAACUGGUUGCUAUGUGGUAUGAUGGUGCGUACGUCACCAAGAUCACUGAGACAUCAGACCUGCAGACAUGGCGCAGUAUUGACCUACCAAGUGAAUACAGUAAGCUGGCUGGCCCAUCACUGGCAUCCCAUGGUGGUAUGCUGUACAUGUACUGUCUAACGCUUUCCAAGAGCACCAACACAUGGGUGCGCUCUAUUCUGCAGUACUGCGACACACCAGAUAACGGUGAUGGCGGCCGCAGUGGUGGUGGUGGUGGUGGUGGUGGUGGUCAGUGGACCAAACUUAUGGACGUCUCGCACUGUCGCCAUGACUGGUGUACUCUACAUGCAUGUCAUGAUGCUAUUUCUCUAUAUGGUGGCAGUCAUGAUUUAUCAAAUCACAAACAUGUUAGUACAUAUUCUCUAGCUAGCAAGCAGUGGAGCUCUUCUGCAUCAUCCAAUGCUAGCCUAGUAUUACCUUCAUUACCACAACCAUGCAGCAAAGCAUCACUUGUCUCAUUCCCUGAUUCACUGUACUUAGUUGGUGGUAAUACUGGUUGUUUCUUCAAACACCAUGAUGGUAGGUGGGUGUCCACCAGUCCACCUGAUCGUGGUGACCUGAAGCUUAGUGCAGCAUGCGCACUGUCUGACCAUAGCAUGGUUAUUUGCCCCAACGCUCCUUUUACUGAGUGUGUUGUACAUGAUAUUUCAUCGGGUCAGGUCCAUCCACUACCAGCUGUGCCAAAGUACAGUUAUUGCACUCCAUCCCUCACACUGUUUGGCAGUACACUGGUACUCAGUGUAUGUGGACCUCACAGUUCUGGUUCUCUGUACACACUGGAUAUGAGUGUGUGAGUGUAGUAGGUUACUAACUACAGUCAAUCACUGAUGAUAACUACAGUAUGCAAACUGUACUUCUUUUCACUUUCUUUCUAUUAUCAGAAAGUUGCUAAUCUUUGUUUUCGCGUCUCUCUGGUUGUCAAGUAAUUGUCUAGUUGUACGCUGCCUCAUCCCCUGUAACAUAUACGCAGAUUGGUUAAGUGAAUAUCACUCUUAGCUCUAUAAUCACGUCCAAACUUACCCAUUCUUUCCUUGAUGCCUCCACAGCAGGAGUGUGAAUUAUGAACUGAAAACUA